AUGGAUCUCAUUGACCAUCUGAGCAUUAAGAAACCUCUCACAACAGGUUUGGCGAAAAGGCUGGAAAGCAUUGAGCAAGAAGAUAGCUUUGCAUUAGGUGGAACAGGGUUUCUGUUCAACAAUAACUCCGUAUUCAAGAGUGCCAGAGAAAGGUUGUAUGGAAAUGAGAAAGAUAAAGAGAAUGCUCAAGAAAGUCCAGAGCAUGGUUUAGAAGACCACAGGAUUGCUCCAACCCAAAAAAUCAUCCUUGAUUACGAUGGCGAGAACUUAGAACAGGAUUUUCCAAAACAGCGCGACAGUGUCGAAUCUUCCCGUGACAACCACGCACAAAAAGCACAGAGAAGACUAAAUCUCAAGUCUCACACUAUUGGCGUCACCUCAGCUAGCAAUGAUGCCACUCAAGUCGUCCUGCCCCAGCCUGACACCACCGGGGAUGAGGAUAGCCCGGGCCUCGAUACUCAAAUUCUGCCUAUGGAAUCAGCUGCUGAGUGUAGUGACGACGACUUUGAAUCGACAAAACGAGACCCAACGCCAAGUUGCCAUAACAUGGAUAUCGACGAGAAUACUUUGAAAGCUACUGUUCAAGAUAUUGAUGCUAACUUAGCAUUGACGGCCAGCAAACUGCUGUCGCAUGAUGAAGCUGAAGCUGAGAGCCGCGAAGACAAUCUAAGCGAAAAUAAAAAUAUGAGAGACCAUCAUACUAUGAAGAAAGAAGCAGUCGCUGGUAACAAAUUCACAUCGCGCAAUUUUGUAGAUGGAUUCGAUGAUUCCUCUGAUAGCGACGAGGGCAACGCCAACUUUGACAGUGACACAGCCCUGCAGACUUCACAGAUGGACGAAGAUGAGGUCGAGAUAGAUAUAAAAAAGACCCCAAUUGGCUCAUCGGACCCACAAAAUGAACAGGGCCUUCGUUCUUUAAAAGUUUACGAGGGGGUUUUGCGGCAAAAGCUUCAGGAAAAGGAAAUCAUUGCUCUUUCUUCGAGCUCCGAUGAGGAAACCCCAAUUAAAACUUACUCAAUGGGCUCAAAAGCGGCUGUAUUUGAUUUGAAGGCACGUCUCUCUAAGAGGAGGCAAAAAUCGAAGAUAGAUCGCAGCAAAACCUCUUCAGCAUCAGCAUCUCUAAAAACUCUGUUUACCACUCUGCGAAAGGCCAAUAAAGAACAGAUAAUGGACUACCGGAAAGGGAAGCUCACAUCAAAUGGCAUUGAUCUCGCGGCAAUAGCUGAUGAAAAAGAAUCGGUUGAAUCCCUGCUGGAAAGGGAGCUGGCAAGGAAUAAAAGGAUUAGACAGCGAGAAUUGGAACGGCAGAAGGAGAAGGAAAGCCCCAACGAGAACGGUGACAGCGCGUCCAGCGAUCUUGAUUUUAGCAAUAACGAGUUUGAAGGUGAGGUAUCCGAUCAGGAUAACAGUGAUAUUGACCGCGAUUCUGACGACACGUACUCAGUACAAGAUGCCAUGCACGGGAGUCAAGAUAUCCAUGAAAGUUCCAAAAAUGGCCCAAAAGAUGUUUUCACCGAGGGCACUGAAAUGCAUGAAACCGAUUCAGAUGAUGACGAGGAGAUUGUCGGAGCACAUGAAGAACACAAAAGAGAUAUCGCGGAGGCUCCAAGAACAGAAUUAAAAGGACGCCGAAAGGGGGCUUGGCAACAAGAGGAGGAAGAAGAAGAGGAAGAAGGACAAGAAGGAGAAGAAGGACAAGAAGAAAGUAUCCGGCUUUCCAGAAAAAGCAAAAAGUUACAAAUAAGAGACACCGAAUCGGACAGCGAGGAUCCUCAGCAACGGCCAAAUAAAAACGUAAUUGAUCUUGGCGCCUAUGGAAAUAACAUCCCACACCCUUUAAUGGACAGCAGUCUCCGAAGGACAGAAGUUAUGGAUUUGAAAAAAACUCUCUUACCGGACAUGGAAAACAUUGAGGAGAAGACCUUGAAUAACACGACAUCUGAGGUGGGUUCUCCAAACACGGAACUUCUAAAGAUGAAAAUCCAAAAAAUCAUGGAAAGACAACAGAAAAGAGAAGCAAAGCGCGCGAUGCGUAUAAAGAAGAUGCGUGACGGAAAGGUUAAUGAAAUGAUGGAAAUGGAAGCCGAAGAAUCUGAAGAUGAAUGGUUCGGAGUGGGAGGCGCUGACGGAGAAGCAUCAGAUGAACACGACUCAGAACUUGAGGCUAUGAUCGAUGACUAUUCACACUCAAAUUCAAAUUCCGACGAGAUUCGUCAAAAGCUGAUCAAGGAUGAUAUAAACAAGGAUAAAGAUAUGGUGAACAAAAUUCUACAUGACAUUGAAAGUGGCGGGUUUAGGAAACGUGGUCGCGGGGCUCUUGACCUUGAGCUAAGCGAUGGAGAAGACGACGAGCUUUUAAAAUAUCAUGCUAGAAGAAAAGAAGAUUUCAGGCAAAAAUUGAGCUCGAGCGCCUUAAAUGGUACCGCGCUAACAAAUCCAAGGGCAAAACCUUUUUUUGAAAGUGUCGUAGAAGGUUUAGAUGACAAAGUGAAUUUUCUAAGCGAAGAUGAGCUUGAGAUCAAGGAAAAUGCUGGUGACCGUUCUACCCAAGAUUCCAUUGUUUCAAAAAAGAAAACCACUCUUUCUCAAGCAUUUGUUCAACAGACACUCUCGUUCUUAACAUCUCGAGACAAGGAGUCCCAAACCGUGGUGAAAGAGGCUUCUUCAGGUAUUCUUUCACGGCCUGGAGACGACGAUGGUGAGCUGGAUUUGCACAGUCUGAAGCAGCGAAGUCGCAUAAAAGUCUUUUCAAGCACUUGGUCGGAUUCGAAUGUUACAACCGGUGACGACCCAGAACAACCUGUAUUUGAAAGGAAGUCAGGCACAAUUUUCAGUAGGUUCAAACAUCACAAAGAAGCAAGCGAAAUGUUCAAAGAAGGACAAAAAACGGUCAAGUCAGCAACAUCAUACAAAGUUGCAGGCUCCAGCAGGGCGUCUAUUACGUACUUGGGACGAGCUCGAAAGCUGGCGGCUGGUAAAAAGGCAGUGAAAUUGCGCUCUAAGGCGGCCAGACAAAAUAGUUCAACGGAUCCAUUGUUUCGUGCUCGAAAUGAGGGUAGUUUUGAGACGUGA